UCUUGGGAUUUCUGAAUGCCUUGUUCAUUUAUUUUAAGUUCAGCUAGCUAAUGGUUUUCAUUUUCAAAUCCACUUGAUUUGAAGUCAAUAAACAUCCAAUGAUAGAACACCAAAAAAGAUCAGUAGUAGCAAAAGGGUCUAUUCAUUUCAAAGUAAAAAUCAUGGGAACCACCCAAAAAGCAGCUUUUCUCCCCUUGUCUUGCAGCUGCCACUAACUAUUAGUAGUAGUGGUACAAAGGAAAACAAGAACAGGAAACUUCAAGAAAGGGGAGGGGGUCCCUCUGCAAAUGCCAUUACUUCGCUUUCAAGACCAAUCAACUUCUUUCCCAGAUUUUAGUUGGAGAGAGACCAACCUUUCCCCCAAACAACAUUAAGUCGAAGUAAUGCUUGUUCAGUAACGGAUUGAUAGAGUAUAGUUGCAGACAUGGGCAAUUGUGCUUCAGUUCGUAAGAAAGCCGGCCCUGCUAUGAAAUUCAGUUGCCCCAUUGAUUCUCGAGGAAACUGUAUCCAUAUUGAAUCACCAGUGAAGGGCAGCAGCAAAGUAUACGGUGAUCACUCCAUGACUGAAAAACUCAAUUCCAAGCCCCAGUCCUUGUCUCCAAAGCCUUGUCAAGCCAGUUUUCAUGACAUGGGUAACCAAGAGGAUAUGUUUUUUGAUUCUCAUCCCUGGAUAGAGUCUGAUUGUGAAGAUUACCUCAGUGUCGAUGGUGAUUUUACUCCCUCACGUGGCACUACUCCUAUUCACCAAGGCAGCUAUAUAGAAACCCCUCCACGUGAAGAAUCUCUCUGUAUUAUCACUUCAGCCAGGUCAAUAGCUGAACCUUCUCCAGCUGAUAUGAAGAAGCAACUAAUCGAGCUCUUUCGAGAGAACAUCAGUAGCGAUCUGGCUAAUAACAACCAAAGUUUCCAAGACAAAGUCAAUGGCAAGCCUAUAGCUGCUUACCUCUCUCCGAAAUAUACAAGUAGAAGUCCAUAUCAGUCUGCAGAAAGCUCUGUCCGCAGCAGUGAAACAACUCCACACAGAGAUUCCAAAUCUGGGAAAGAGAAACCAACUCAUUCUGCACACUGCUGCCUUCCAAAUGUUGUGCGGAGCCUGAGCUUCACUGAGAGGAAGAGGAGGCUGAGCCAUGCCUAUGGUGGUGGACAGUAAUAAGCUUUUCCCCAGUCAACUUUUUUCUGUUCUUGAAAGCAGAACUGUAUGGGCACACUGCAAGGAAUGGAAACUAGAAUACUUUCUCAACUAUACUUGUCUUUAUUCUGAAGAAAGCAAUUUGCGAACUGGGUUUUAUAUAUUAAUAUAUUGUGCAAGAGCUUGUUGAGCUUUUCCAAAAUCAAGAAAAACGAAAAUGAUUCCUUUC